AACAUAGUAAGCAGAGGCAAGAGAGAGAGAGGAGAGAAAAGAGAAAGAUAGAGAAAUGAUGAGAGUUGUGUUACCGCUAUGCCUGCUUCUUGCUUCCAUGUUUGCAAGAGGUUCUGAAGCAGCCGUGUCUUGCAACGCGGUACAGGCCGACCUUUACCCGUGCCUUGCGUACGUGGUGCAGGGAGGAAACAUUCCGCAAAGCUGUUGCAGGGGCAUCAGGAUGCUCAAGCAACAGGCAAAGAGCGCAUCAGACAGGCAAGUUGUGUGUCGCUGCAUCAAGUCUGCGGUGGGAAGAGUGUCUUACUCGCCAACCUAUCUCAAGAAUGCUGCCACUUUGCCAGGCAAGUGCGGUGUCAAACUUCCAUACAAGAUCGACCCUUCCACCAACUGCAACAGCAUUAAAUGAGAGAAAGAAGCUACGGCAAAGACCAAGAAUAAAGGACAUUGUGUUUCGUCUAAUGUAACCGGAGUUUAGUGCUUUUCAGCUUCCUACUAAUAUAUGUUGAACAAGCAGUGCUCCAAUAUAUCAAAUAUAAUCUUUAGUCUACA